CUUUCCUAUCCAAACUUCCGCUCUGGGACGCUUCCCGACAACGCGCUUCGUCACUUCUUGCGGGGCAUAGCAACACUUCCGGCCCCGUCGGAGAAGGCGAGGGCGAUGCUGUCGGUGCCGGGCGCGGGGGGCGCCCCCUCUCCGGGCUUCGGGGCCGGCGAGGCCGGGUCGGGCGCGGGCGCCGGCGGCGACUUCCUCACCCGUUACCGACUGGUGUCGGCCAAGCUGCGGCGGCGCUUCCUGCGCAAGCCGAACGUGUCGGAGGCGGCCGAGCAGUUCGCGGCGCUGGCGCGGGAGCUGCGCGCCCAGGAGAGCCUCCCCUACGCGGCCUGGUGCCAGCUGGCGGUGGCGCGCUGCGCACAGAGCCUAGGCCACGCGCCGGGCGAGGCGGCGGCGCUGGGCGAGGCGGCGCGCCUGUGGCUGCGGCACGAGCGGGAGCUGCGCCUGCGCCAGGGGCCCGGCCUGGGCCUGGCCGAGCACCUGCCGGCCGCCCACAGCUGCGUGGCCUUCGGCGCCCGCCUGCGCCUCGAGCUGGGCCAGCCGGCCCUGGCGGCCGGCCUGUGGCUGGAGCUGGGCGCCGAGCUGCGCGCCGCCGCCGAGCCGGGCCAGGCUGUGCCGGCCCUCCUGCGCGCCGCCGACCUCCUGGCCGCCGCCCAGCUGCCCCUGGAAGCGCUGCGCUGCCUGCGCGACGUCGCCUCCUGCCUGCUGCUCUGCAGGGACCACGACGGCGCCCUGGCUGUGCUCACGCAGGCCCAGCUGCUGGCUCAAGGCAGCCCCGGGCCCGCGGCUCCCGCCCCUGCUGCCGCCCCCGCCGCUUCUUCUCCGGCCGAUCUUCCUCCCGGCGCCUUCCUCGACGAGCUUCUUCACUGCGAGGUGACCCGCGUCCUCCUCCUGCUCUUGCUCCAGCCGCCGCCCUCCAAGCUGCUGCCCGAGCAUGCCCAGACCUUGGAGAAGUACUCCUGGGAGGCCCUGGACGCCUCUGCCAGCUACGUGCCGCCCGAGCUUUUCUUGCUGCUCCAGUCGGCCGUCAUGGCAUGCCAGGAGAAGGACCUGGAGGCUCUCAAGGUGCUGCAGAAAGAGCUCUGGGUGCUGCUGACUCCCGAGCAGAACCACCUCCUCCAUUUAGUCGUGCAAGAGAUGAUCAGCCCCUCUGGACAAGGGAUCUGAUCCACAGCUCCUUUCCAAGCCUGGUGGAUGAUUGUUGGAGCUGCCCCAAGACUCUGGGACAAGGCUUUGUUUUUAGAUAAUGGAGUGCCCUGAAGUUUGCUAGCCGGAGCUGAUCCUGCAGAAUGAUGCCUGCCGGCUUACCAUUGUCCUUUGCUUUUUCUCUGUGCCUGAACAUCACCGCUGCAAUACAGGAUCUUCUCACCACUUGGGUGACCAUUUCCUAUCAUCCUGAAUCUCUUACAUCUUUGAGCAUUCUUCAUUGGACCUUGCUUUAAGGGAAACACAUCAGGACUCUUACAGUGAAAUUCUAAGAAGAGUUACUACAGUCUAAGCCCAUUGAAAUCAGUGGGCUUAGACUGCUGUAACUCUUUAGGACUUCGCUGUUCGUAUGAUCCUUACAGUAGGGUUUCUUAUUUGGACUCCACAAGACUUUCCCCGUAACCAUUAGUUGCCUGAGAUUCUCAUGUUCUAUUGUAAUCUUUCCCCAAACUCAAAUGCUCUUUGUUUCCAGUGAGAUUUUUAGGGAGCUCUGGUAAAUUUCCUUAAUGUCAGCAGUUAAAUCUGCGUAAGUUUUCAUUGCACUUCAUUUGUAUAUAGAGAUCACAAUAUUUAUUUAUAAGCAUGUAAAUAAUUUGAAAGUAGCAGAAACAGGAACUUAAAAGUAUUUACCACUAAAAGCCAAUCUGAAAGUUUUAUGGCUGUCUUAUGCACAAGGUUCUGUGUCAGGAUUUCUUGCUUGAGAAAUCCUGUUGCCACUUUACUCCACAGAUUUCUGUAUUAAAUCCUAAUUAACUGGU